AUGGCUGGUCUCCAACGACACGUGGAUGCCGAAGGUAAAAUUAUUUCUGCACACAGCUGCUCCUCCCCCUGCUGCUCCUUCUUUCCUGCUGCUCCUUCUUCUGCUCCUCCUCCUCAAGUUGCUUCCCCUCCUGCUGCUCCUCCUCCGGCUGCUCCUCCCCGUGCUGCUCCUCCACCUGCUGCUCCUCUUCCUGCUGCUCCUCCUCAGGCUGUUUCUCCUCUGGCUGCUCCUCCUCAAGCUGCUCCUCCUCAAGCUGCUCCUCCUCAGGCUGCUCCUCCUCGGGCUGCUCCUUUUCCUGCUGCUCCUCCUCAAGCUGCUGCUCAUCAGGCUGCUCCUCCUCAGGCUGCUCCUCCUCAGCUGCUCCUCCUCAGGCUCUCCCCUGCUGUCUCUCAGCUGACCUCCUCUCCGGCGGCCUGA